GUCCCGCCCCCUUUUGAGAGGACAUGGAGCCGGAGUUGGAGGGAAAAGAGCACCCACGCAACCUGAUUCCAGAACUCUGCAAGCAGUUCUAUUAUUUAGGCUGGGUAACCGGGACUGGUGGAGGCAUCAGCCUCAAAUAUGGGAAUGAAAUCUAUAUUGCACCAUCAGGUGUUCAGAAGGAGAGGAUCCAGCCUGAUGAUUUGUUUGUCUGUGACAUAAAAGAAUGUGACAUAUCUGUCCCUCCACUCUCAAAGAAGCUGAAGAAAAGUCAGUGCACCCCUCUUUUUAUGAAUGCUUACACCAUGCGAGGAUCUGGAGCAGUAAUACACACGCACUCUAAAGCUGCUGUCAUGGUUACGCUUCUCUUCCCGGGAAAGGAAUUUCAAAUUACUCAUCAAGAAAUGAUUAAAGGAAUCAAGAAAUGUACGUCUGGAGGCUGCUACAGGUAUGAUGACCUGCUGGUGGUCCCUAUCAUAGAGAAUACACCAGAGGAAAAGGAUCUAAAGGACCGGAUGGCUUGUGCCAUGGAGGAGUACCCAGAAUCCUGUGCUGUACUGGUUCGGCGCCAUGGCAUCUAUGUAUGGGGGAAGACAUGGCAAAAUGCUAAAACAAUGUGUGAGUGCUAUGAUUAUCUGUUUGACAUAGCUAUACAAAUGAAACAGUGUGGCCUUGAUCCAUCUCGCCAGCCAGUGGAAGAAAGUGGCAUUGUCUAAGAUGACUCCAUCAGGCAAUACCUUUGGUCCAUUGCAGAGCUCCACUGUAAAUCCGAAGAUCUGUGCUCAUGAUGGAACUAUCUUUGAUCACUGACUACUACAUAAACUUUACAACCCGGCUGACAAAAUGAACGGAGCUUAACUACAGCACAAGUGAAUAUUCAUAUCGAUGUCAGAUAUCCAUGGGCAGAUAGUUUUAUGCAACCUAUUCCAGGGUCGCUUAAUUGCUAAUAUUAGGACUCAACAAAAUAGAGUUUUUUUGUUAAAUCAAGUUCAACGACAGUGUUGUGGUGUAAGUGGCCACAAAACUGCUAUUAGGUACAUUAACCCCAAGCCCUGUAUAUUUAAUUAUGAUGCAGGUCAAUCAUGAGAGAAAGUAGUCAGCCACUUCUUUAGUCUUACAAGUCCUUUUCUCCACGUAAUUUUAACCUGGAACAUAGCUUAGUUGUAAUGCUACUGCAUAGUAAACCAGUCUAAUUCUCAGGCUGAUUUUCCAGAAGGAAACAAGAAUCAGAUGUCAUAGCAGUUGGUGGAAUUUACCUUCAAUCAAUUAAAUCUCAGUGACGGUGAUUUGAAACUAUCAGACUGUCAUGAAAUCCUACCUGUUUCUUUGCCAUCCUUACCUCAUCCGGCCUACAUCUGUCGACAGAUGCACAGCAAUAUGGUCACCUCAUAACUGUCUUCUGAAAUGCCAUAAAAAGCCACUAAAUUAUAUGGAAUCACUACAGAAAAUUUGAAGAAUAAAAUCAGCUCAAUAUCAACCUAGACUGUGAAAAUUAUAAAUGCACACCAUUCCCAGUCAACCCUUAGUAGUCCCCACCAUUAACUUGAGGCCUGCGCCAAAAUUGAGAGAGCUGUCCCACAGCCUAACCAAGCAAUACGUUGGCAGUCGUACUCACAGAAUUAUGCCUUAUAGAAACUGUCAGAGACUCCUCCAUCACCAUCCCUCGCAUUCCAGUGCCCAUCCAAGGAUAGCAGGUUUAUAGCCACGACGGACUUGAUUUGGGAGACCUGAACAGGAGCUUCAGAGCCCAAGACUUCUCAUGGGGUUAGAUCAAACUUGGACAAGGAAAGAAAAACUUCUGCUGAUUAUCACCUAUCUGUGUAUCGACAAGAGUGACUGAGCUGGUCAAGUCCUAAAAAACAUCUGUACCAAGCUGGAUUUGCAACAGUGGUCAAACAACCAACAAGAUAGAAAAACCUACUUAGAAUCAUAGAAUCCUGAUAGUGUGGAAGCAGGCCAUUCAGCCCAUCGGGUCAACACCAAAUCUCUGAAGAGCAUCCCACGCAGACCCACACCUUCCACCCUAACCUUCUAAACCCUUAAUUUCCUAUGGCUAACCCAACUAGCCUCCACAUCCCAGGACACUAUGGGCAAUUUAAUGUGGCUAAUCCACCUAGCCAAUCCACGUCUUUGGACUGUGGGAGGAAACCAGAGCUCCCAGAGUAAACACACGCAGACACGGGGAGAAUAUGGAAACUCCAAACAUUCGCCCAAUGCUGGAAUAAAACCCAGGCCCCUGGUGCUGUGAGGCAGCACUGCUAACCACUGAGCAAACAUGCUGCCCCUUUACCUCACAUUCAUCAAUUUACCUGUCACAGAUGCAACUGUUAGUGCAGUGCAUGGUCCUUGUGGAGACAAAGGUCCCACCUUCACCAGACUUGUUUCAAGAAUGGUGGGAUUGGCCUAUGAAGAAAAAUUGGGAAAACUGAAACUGUAUACUCUAGCAUUUUGAAGUGUAGGAGGUGAUCCUGUUGAAACUUAAGGCUAGACUCAGUAGAUGCAAGUAAGAUGUUUCCCCUGCUUGGCGAAUAUAGAACCAGGGAGCACCGUUUAAAAAAAAAGGGGAGUGCCACUUAAAACUGAGCUGAGCAAAAUCUCUUUUACUCAGAGGGUUGUGAACCUUUGGAAUUCUCUACCACAGACGUUCAGGGAGGCUCAAUCUUUGAGUAUGUUUAGGUAGAGAUGAUUAUAUUGAAUGGUGGGGCAGGCUUGACAGGCUAAAUAAUGCAUUUCUGUCCCUGUGCUUCACAGUAAGUGAGCACUUAAAUGGUGCUAAAUGUGUUAGAUUUUGAGCAUAUAUAGCUCAAAACCGGGUACAACUGGAUACACUGCAGCAAAAGUAGAUUCAUUCAACCAUAUCACUAAGUGUGGUUCAGUAAAGAGUGUGGGUAAUCCUACCAGGAGUGGCACCAGGCCUACCUAAACUGAGGUGACAACUUAGUGAAGCUACAUAUGUGCCUGUAUGCAGAGUAGCAAAAACUCCCUGCUAUUGGCAGAGAUAAUUGAUGAAAGACUGCUGUAUAUGUAUGCUAUGCAGUCCUGCCACAUCAAGUUGCCAGUCAGUGGACAAUUAAAAUGCCUAUCCAAAGAGUCAGAGGCUCCACAAAUAUCCCAGUCCUCAGUGAUGAACAAGCCCAGCAUGUCAGUGCAAAAGACAAAGCUGAAGCAUUGCAAUCUUCAAUAUCUUUGCCUAAGAUCCCAGUAUCACAAAUGUCAAUCUGUGUAUGGGGGCUGUCCCAAAGUUAUUGCAGAUCUCGCCACAUUGUUCCAAACCAAUUAUACUAAUGUAGCCAGUGGACAGUGUAUAAUAUUUGCAUGGGUAUGUCCAUGCAGAAAAAGCAGGAUAAAUUCAAUCUGGCUAACUACUCUCCCAUCAGUCUAAAGAUGGAGAGAGUUGUGAACUGUAUUAUUAACAUUAACAUUGGUGUUCACUUUGAAUUCUACCAGGGCACUUAGCUCCAGACCUCAUUAUAACCUUGUUGCAAACAUGGACAGACAUCAAAGUGAUAUUGACUGAGUGAGGCAUCAUGACGUUUUGGUUAAAUUGACAUUGAUGGGAAUGAGAGGGAGAAAUCUUUGGUGGCUGGAGCCAUACAUUCACACAAUGAAACAUGGUUGUGGUGGUUGGAGGACAAUCAUCUCGGUCCCAGGACUUCACUUUCUGAGUGGUGCCCUUGACCCAACCAACUUCAGCUGCUUCAUCAAUAACCAUCCUUCCAUUAUAAGGUCAGAAGUGAGGAUGUUCUCCGAUUACUGCAGAAUUUAGCGCCAUUCACAACUGCUCAGGCAUUGAAACAGUCUGUGCAUACAUGUAGCAAGACCUGGACAACAUUCAACUUAGGCUCAUAAUUGGUAACGUAACUCAUCACGCAGGUACCAGGAAAUAAUCAGCUCUAACAAAAGAGAAUCUAAUUAUUUUCCCUCAACAUUCAAUAGUAUUUCCAGUACUGAAUCCCCCAGUAUCAGAAUCCCAGAAUUGGCAUUGAGCAUAAACUGUACUGGACCAGAAGAAUAUAUAUACUGUUGCUACAAAAACCUUUGAUUCUCCAAAUGAGUCUCCAGAUCCUGUCCACCAUCUACAAGUUAGGGCUGUGAUGGAAUGCUCUUCAUUUACCUGGAUGAGUUGCAUCUUCAACAAUCCCCAAAAAAACCUAACAUCAUCCAGGAUGAAGCAGCCCAUUAAUUAGCACCCUGACCACAGAAACUCAUGGUGGCAAUAGAGUGUAUUUUCUGCAAGUGUCACUGCAGCAAUUUGCUAAGUCCCUUUUGACAGCACCACCCAAAACCAUAACAUUUGCCACCUAAAAUGACUAAAGCAGCAGAUGCAUGGAACCACACUGCUGGCAAGUGCUCUUAUAACCCACCAAUCAUCCUACUUGGGACUGUUUCAUUGUUCCUUCACUAUCCCUAGAUUAAGGUCCUGGCAGUCUCUCCCUUACAGCUCUGUGGCUGUACCUACAUCCUAUAAACUGCAGUGGUUCAAGAAGGCAGCUCACCACCUUUUCAAGAUUUGAAUAAGAAAUGUUAGAUUUGCCAGCAAUAGGGUAUAGGCUAGCAAUGAAAGAUAACUCACAGUUUAACACUAAACUAUGACGUAACUGGAAAUUCAACUAUGGUUUCAUACAUACAAAUCUAAAUUGUUACGAUGUAUGAUGGGUAAAAUCAUGUUGUUAGCCCGUACUUAAUAUCUUGAAUAUAAUUUGAAAUAAAAUUUUUGAAAACUUUGUAAAGAAUUGAAAAGAUAUUAUAAAAUGAUUGUAGUGUAACUGAUAUUACCAAUACUGUUUUUCCUACCAAGAGUUCUGGAACUAUGAGAAGGCCGUUCUCCAAGGUUUUUCCAGAUAUUGCUGCCUCAACCGAUUUGUAUUGUAUACAUGAUUCUUAGAAUUUUGCAGCACUGCUAAGUCGGUGUUUGUAACAAGCCCACCUAAAUUCUGGAACAGGAAAAUGUAGAUUCUGUAACAUGAGCAUAUGUUUAUAUCUUUAGAAAAGUGUAAACAAAGAACUUUUAUUUCUAUAACUUUGUUCACAACAUGAGGAUUGCUGAAAGCAUUUUACAGCCAAUGAAA